AUGCUUAUAGUCUCCUCCAUCUCCUCUCCUCCAGUUUCACAGGAAACCUGCCUCCUGGACCAGGUGCUGGAGCUUAUUAUGAAUGAGAAGUCCGCCAACACCGCCAGCCUUUUCCUGAACGAGGACGCCGACAAGCCCACCCUCCCUGAACGAGGCCUCUGGCGGCGGCUAAGUAGGGCCAUGCAGAAGAGAUCGGCCAGUGGCAAAGACACGAUGAGCUCCAUCACUAAGGAGAGCGUCAAGGGCUUCCUGAGACGCAACCUCUUUGUCCUCCUCACCAUCGCAGCAGUGGCUCUGGGCAAGUGGACAAAAUACUUUGUUACUGUCUUAUUGGGGUUAGGAUUAAGGGUUAAGGGUUAGGGCUAAGGUUAUGGUGAUGGGGAUUUUUUAGUGGACUAUGAGAUAAAACUGAGUUAAUCACGAACAUAUAGUUAGAAUUCUCUGUUGCUAGGCAAGAACUUAAUUGGUUCAUUUCACUGUGUGUGAAGUGGGGAUCUGACCUAGGGUCGAAUUGCUCGCUCUUACCUAAUCCAUGGCUGUCCUACCUUAUCAGAGACUGAAACCAGACUGUUACCUUAUUCAUUUAUCCUCAAACAAAGUACAAAGAGCGACGCCAGAGUUGAACAGAGUUUAGACUAAUCAUGAGUAAUUACAGCAUGACAGGAGGGAGGAGUGGGGUUUUGUGUACGUUUGAGAGAUUGAGUGUGGACCUGUCAUGUCCAACAAUCAAUCUUUAGGUCAAGCCAGGGAGAGCCGGUGUUUAACAGUUUAAAACUGAACAUGAUUAUUUGUGAAUGACAAGGGUUGAUUGAUUGUAAUAAUAUUGUUUCUAAAUUGAAGAGAAGUCAAAUGUAGCCGCUAUCAUAGACUAAGGAAGUGGGCGGAGCAGUAGAGAGUGGGAAACUGAAGAUAAUGGUGGGGGAACUACAGAGGGAGGGGCUCUAAACUAGGAUGUGUGUGAAUGUGACUAUAUAAAUGGAGAGCUGAGAGGGAGACGGGAGGUGGUCUGCAGACCAUCUCGGCUCACGUUACUCUGUGUAAUAAAGUCUAUCUUAAUUCUACAAAAACUCUGGAAGAACUUUGAUUUUUAAUGAAGUAUAGUGAUACUUUUCCACAUCAAUGGUUAGUUUGUUGAUUGUUUGUUUAUAGUUAAUACAAUGUUAAUAAAAAAAAACAAUAGUAAUUGCAGUGUUAUUACACAGGUAUAUGAGCUGUAGCCCCCAAGUGUAGACUCCUGUGUCAAGAAGACUUGAAAUACAUACAGUAUUCUUCAUCAAUGCUCCAGCCUUUAUAUCAUGUCUCCUGUGUGUGUCCAGGUGUCAUGCUGGGUUUCGCCCUGCGGCCCCACAACCUGACCCUCAGGGAGAUCAAGUACUUUGCCUUCCCUGGAGAGCUGCUGAUGAGGAUGCUGCAGAUGCUGGUUCUGCCUCUCAUCAUCUCCAGCCUGGUCACAGGUAGCUGGUCACAGGACUUCUGCUUUCUUAGCAUCAUUAUAAUGAUUUGCAUUUACAGUAUGUAUUGCUUUUGUCAAACUCAAAAUGAUUUACAUUUCAUGGAGAUCUCUCACCCCUUCUGCAUGUUAUUACUCUACAUUUUCCAUACGUCUUGCUAUUUUGAGUUUCAAAGUUAGUUGGUACAGUAGUAGUCUUGUGGAAGUACCUAGAGGAUUCAGGAGAAAAUUAUUAACUUUGUCUUGUCUUGCAGGUAUUUCCUCUCUGGACAGCAAAGUGUCUGGGAAGAUGGGAAUGCGGGCUGUGGUUUAUUACAUGGUGACCACCCUCAUCGCUGUCUUCAUUGGCAUGGUCAUUGUGAUUGUCAUCAAACCAGGGAAAGGCCAUAGGGACAGCCCAGUGGCCUCUAGCGGUACCAUAGAGCCGGUACAAGCAGCUGACGCUUUCCUGGAUCUCAUUAGGUGAGUAACUACUGUAGGAUCCCAAUGACAGUAAGUCAAUAGAAGAUAUUAAUAAUUGAUUGUCCUUUAUUCACUGUGAUAAUAGUUCAGCAUUGUUUAUCUUUCAGGAACAUGUUCCCACCUAAUUUGGUGGAAGCCUGUUUCAAGCAGGUAAGGGAAUUCACUUGCCAAUUGAUCAAGCUGCUAUUCUUCAAUACACUGUGUUAAAAUGCUUACUCACCAAAUAAAUUGUUUAGGACUGAUACUCUUUCCUUGUACAAUACAUACAUGUAUUCAAUGCAUGCACUGUUUUGCCCAGUACAAAACAGUCUACAAGAAGACCAUCUACACCAAGAACGUGACCGUUUCCCUCAACCUGACUGACUCCCUAAACGCUACAGAGGCUGCCUUGGCUGCUAACAUGAGCAGAGUGCUGCAGACCAUCCAAGUGGGUGAUACACAUCGGUGGUGGUGGGGUGACUUACCCCAAUGUAAAGUCCUUUGGGGGAAAAAGUGCUACAGUUACUUUGGAUAAGUAUAAAUGUAAAUGUGAUGUGAGUGGUUGUUCUCCUCGUGCUCCAGGAGACAGUGGUGGAGACGAUCCCAGUGUCUGGUUCCUCUAACGGGGUGAACGCCCUGGGUCUGGUAGUGUUCUCCAUGUGCUUCGGCCUGGUCAUUGGCACCAUGAAGCAGCAGGGACAGGCUCUCAGGGACUUAUUCAACUGCCUCAAUGAAGCCAUCAUGCGCCUGGUGGCCAUCAUCAUCUGGUUAGUAGUCAGAUUAGUGGUUACAAAGUAACGCGUUAAUGUACUCGUAUGUGCCUUUACCAUUAUUUCGAACAUACAGUAUAUCUCUCAAAACAGUUGCUUUCGGUGGAAUUGUUGUGUUAGGUAGUGUGGGCUAUCAUACAAAUAUCUCUCUCGUUUAUCUCCUUUCCUCCCUCUCGCUCCGUCAGGUACGCUCCAGUGGGCAUCUUGUUCCUGAUAGCAGGUAAGAUCGUGGAGAUGAAGAACCUGGCCGAGGUGGGAGGUCAGCUGGGGAUGUACACGGUGUCUGUCAUUGUGGGUCUGCUCAUCCACGGCCUCUUCGUCCUGCCCCUGCUCUAUUUCCUGAUCACCAGGAAGAACCCAUACACCUUCAUCGCUGGCCUGCUGCAGGCCCUCAUCACUGCCCUGGGGACAUCCUCUAGGUGGGUGUAGGAACUGAUUCAGGGUCAGAUGUAGCUAAUUCAUUGCCCUGCGGACAUCCUCUAGUUCAGCGUUUCCCAACUCCAGUCCUCCAGGACACCCAACAGCACACAUUUUUGUUUGUGCCCCAGACAAACUCACCUGAUUCCACUCAUUGAGGGCUUGACGAUUAGUUGACAAGUGGAAUCAGGUGUGCUUGUCCGGGGCUACAACAAAAAUGUGUGCUGUUGGAGAUACUCGAGGACUGGAGUUGGGAAACACUGCUAGUUGUUGUUUGGACUAUUAUGAUCUCACAACGUCCUCUAUUCUCUGCCACCCUGCCAUAGCUCUGCCACCCUGCCCAUCACCUUCCGCUGUCUAGAGGAGAACAACCGUGUGGACAAGAGAGUGACACGUUUCAUGCUACCCGUGGGUGCCACCAUCAACAUGGAUGGCACUGCCCUCUACGAGGCUGUGGCAGCCAUCUUCAUUGCCCAGGUCAAUGACAUGGAACUCAGCUUUGGCCAAAUCCUCACCAUCAGGUGUGUGUUAAGAUACCAUUAA